AUGUCCGGCGCCAAACGCAUAGAACAAUGGGAGGUGGAGCGAUAUUGGGAGAUCUUUUCGUCACUAUCCAACGGCGGAAAGUAUCUUAAUGGCACGCAGGCCGCUUCGGUGCUCAAGAACUCGCAGCUGCGCGACGAUCAGCUGGAGCGGGUCUGGGAUCUAGCGGAUGUGGAUAAUGACGGCAACCUGGAUUUUGAGGAAUUCUGUGUUGCCAUGAGAUUAAUUUUCGACUUGGUCAAUGGGGAACUCAGAGACGUCCCACCACAACUCCCCGACUGGCUUGUGCCCGAGUCGAAAGCCCACCUCGUCCAAGCAAACCGCGCCCUGACCGGCCGACAGCCCCAGUUCGAGCGAGUAGAAGACGACGAGGACGAUACUCCCGGCCUCAAGGACGGAUUCGACUGGUACAUGAGCCCGGGCGACAAGUCCAAGUACGAAGAAAUCUACACGGCCAGCAAGGACAGCCGUGGUGAAGUUUCUUUCGACUCCCUUGAACCGCUGUACUCCUCUCUCGACGUCCCCGACACCGACAUCCGCUCUGCAUGGAACCUGAUCAACCCAUCCGCGUCGCCGACCAUUUCAAAAGACGCCACGCUCGCAUUCCUCCACAUCCUGAACCACCGCCACGAAGGCUUCCGGAUUCCACGCACCGUAUCUGCCUCUCUGCGCGCCAGUUUCGAGCGCAACCAAAUCGACUACAACGUCGAGCGGGUCUCGACUCCCACUGCAUCUUCCCAAAAACCAGGCUACGACGACUCCACAAGUACAGGCCGCAAGGCCAAAUUCGGCGACACGUACCUAUCCCGCCUCGGCGUCGGAGGCCGCAGCACGUACCGGCCCACCGGCACAGACUUUAGCCAGACGAAAUCGACCGACGCCGAGUGGGAAGAGGUGCGGCUCAAGAAACAGCUCGCGGACCUGCAGGACAAGAUUGACAAGGCGGAAAACGCAGCGGCCACGCGCCAAGCCGUCAAUGGUGGCGGCCGGCGCCGCGAGGACCGCUCCAAACCGGCCCUGGUCAAGCGCGAACUCGAGCAACUUUUAGAUCACAAGCGUCGAGAACUGCGCGAGCUGCGCGACGGCCAGGGGAAGAGUAAAACCGGCGCAAAUCUGAAAGCGAUUUCUGACGAGAUUGGCACAGUGCGCGAACAGGUCGACGGGCUAGAGUCGCAUUUGAGAACAAGACAGGAUGUCUUGGAGCAAGUGAGGAGAGAGAUUGACGAUUUGAAGGCUCAGAGAUAG